AGAAUCACUGUGCGUCGUACGAGCACGAUCGUGUGUUGCGGUACAAAACGCGCGCCAGCCAACGCUAUCUAAGCACACGGCGACGACGGCGACGGCGACGGCGACGGCGACAGCGACGACGACAUUAUUCGAGCGCCUAUAUAUCUCGAGGAGAGUGGCAGUCUGGCAGGGAGUCGAAGCGCAUGAAAGCGGUGAGGAGAGCGGAGAGCAGAGUAUCUGUCAUGGCCGACGCUCGACGCGAGCGUAGUUACGAUCGAGUCGUCGUGUCGGACGAACGUUGCGCUACGCGUUUACGUCGUCCACUGGUGCCCAAGAAGCCGUGAACGCGCGAGACAUGGGGCGCGAUGCCAACAGGCAGACGAGCAGCGGGUGCCGACGGAUCGGCAGACGUUAGCGAACUCGCUCUGCUCGUGCCGGAGGACUUAUGCGACGAGAGGAGGUCGGCGACGAUGGAGUCGCGGCCGCGCAGGACCCGUUUGCGUAGCGUCGUCGGGGUAUGCCUGCUGCUGGCGCUCAGCGGAAUCAUCUACCUGGGCUAUUUCUGCCCGGAUCAUGUGUGCGCCUUGACCAACCGCGAGAUUAAGGAGUCCGUCAGAUUGUCCGAGGGCCUGCUGUCGCCUGUUGGCUCCGGUCUGUCUUCCGUAUCCAUCGAGGUCGACAGGAACGGUCUGAUGUCGGUUCAUCCCGCGUUCAAGCUUCAGAGCGUCCAAGGCAGCCUCGGCUACGACGAUGUUUUCGCCAACGACACUUUCCAGUUUGAUAUCAAUGCUCACGACGUCAUGGUGUUUUUGCAUAUACAGAAGACUGGUGGGACACUAUUUGGAAAACAUCUGGUGCGAGAUCUAGAUCUGCAAAGACCCUGCUCGUGUCAACGACGACGCAAGCGUUGCUUCUGUUUCCGUCCAAACCGUAACGAAAAUUGGCUGUUUUCACGGUAUUCCACUGGCUGGAAGUGCGGUCUGCACGCGGACUGGACCGAAUUAACGAGUUGUGUGGAUACGGAGCUUAACAAGAUCGAAGGUGAAGGCAUCAAGCGACGUUACUUUUACAUAACUAUUAUAAGGGAUCCCGUCGCGAGGUAUCUCUCCGAAUUCAGACAUGUGCAAAGAGGCGCUACGUGGAGAGGCGCUCGUCAUUGGUGCGGAGGUACUCAAGCGAAUAUACCUCAGUGUUACAACGGGCCCAGCUGGCAAGGUGUCACCUUAGAACAGUUUAUGGCGUGUUCUUACAACUUGGCGAAUAAUCGUCAGACCAGAAUGCUGGCAGACCUAUCAAUAGUCGGCUGUUACAAUUCCACUCUCAGCAGUGCUGACAGAGAUCGUCUAAUGUUGGCCAGUGCUAAGCACAAUUUGCAGUUUAUGCCUUUUUUCAUGUUGACCGAGUAUCAGAAGGUGGGACAAUAUUCCUUCGAAGAAACGUUUGGAAUGCGUUUCGCGGUUGCUUUCGAGCAGCACAAUGCUACGCUCAGCGCAGCUACGAUGGCAACCCUCAGCACGGAGCAAUUAGACGCCGUACGUAGACUCAACAACCUGGACCUGGAACUCUACGAGUUCGCAAAGAAUCUCGCCUUUCAAAGAUUUAAACGGCUUAGAGAUCGUGAUCCCUACUUCGUACAACGAUUUCAACACCUUGGUGAAUUACCGUCGAGGCAAAGCGCCACAGAAUUUAACUGGGAUUCUGUCAUUGAAGAUACCACGGAUAACGAAUGAAGUGUAAGUAUAUCACCGACAUAAUCCUUAUCUCGACACUUCGCAUUCGUCACCACGGUAACGAGUAGCGUUAUUCUGGAUCUGAAUAUCUCGGGCAAAUAGCUUCGGAACAACGAGAUGCUUUGCCGUAACCGAUGCGUAGUUGUCUGCGUGAAAUUUACCAAAAGCACAGAAACGUACACUCGUUUGCAUAACGGUAAUAUGCGUACAGUUUUCCCGAUCAAAUUAAGAGCGCAUCAAAUGGUCACGAUUUGCGAGCGACUGCUCACAGACUUGCAUGAUAAUCGAUUGUACUUACGUUUUACUUGAAUCCUCCGUUGCAGUUGUAACGACGAACGUCUCGUAUAUUAGCACUUCCACUCC